CACAUACUGUAUUAUACCAUAGCACUCAAUCUUUGCGUUUCCGCUUUGUAGGUGGAGACCUUUUGUAGGACAGCCCUGCUGUUUACGUUUGGGGAAGUUGCUCAAUAUCGGAAAACACAUUUUCUUUUAGGUAUGUGAGCAAAACCUAACUGUUUGCGAUUUUUCUGGGUUAAAGAAUCCACUCGAUGGAGUAUAAUUAACGUCUUCAGGUCUAAGAUCAUGACAACAUGACUGUUAGAUAAAACCCAAUCUCAGGUUUGGUCACAAGCUCCCCGCAGAAUGGAUAAUCCAGUAACUUCCGCUACUUAUAUUCGCAACAUCGGUUUUCGUUUACGUCGCAAAUUGUCCGAUUUUUUGGAUCCUCAGGACAGGUGGAAAGAAGUUCUUGUAGAUAUACAGAAACCGAGCGGGGAGCCGAGGUAUUCCCAGCUUCAUGUCAGGAGAUUUGAAGGUCUUGUCGCGCAGGGUCGCAGUCCCACAGUGGAGCUGCUCAAUGACUGGGGGACCACCAACAGCACAGUGGGUGAACUUGUGGACAUUUUGAAGAGUCACGAGUUACUGGCUGCUGCCAGUGUUCUGCUACCUGGUAUGACUUUUAAAAAGUCCAGUCCACUGGAGACACAAACCCAAAGCACUGCUUCAACCAGAGUGCUGGAAGAGAGAGAUGUGCAGCAGCAGCCCGUCACCACUGUGCUGCAGCUUCGAAUGCCACAGGAGAACACCGAACCAAUACACACAGGCUUCUCCAGUUUCUUAUAUAGUGACCUGAUGAGGAUCACAGGCAACUUUGAUGACCGGUCCACGUCAGCUGGUGGCAGCCGAAUUGGAGAGGGAGGCUUUGGGACGGUAUACAAAGGUCUCCUGAAUGACAAACCAGUUGCAGUGAAAAAACUCAAUCCAGUGGAUGACAUGCCCCUGGACAAGUUGCAAGAUCAGUUCAACCAAGAGAUCCAGACUCUGAAAGUGUUGAAACACGAGAACUUGGUUGACAUGGUUGGAUUUUCCUGUGACGAACAGCACCUAUGUUUAGUGUACGCUUUCAUGGCCAAUGGAUCGUUAUUAGACCGACUGGCUUGCUUUGAAGGAAGUCCUCCACUUUCCUGGCACCACAGGUGCUUGAUAGCAGAAGGGACAGCCAAAGGUUUGGAGUAUCUGCACUCCAACCAUCACGUCCACAGAGAUGUUAAAAGUGCGAACAUCCUGUUAGAUGAACAGUUUGUGGCCAAAAUCUCAGACUUUGGUCUGACGAGAGCAUCGGCCAAGCGAACCUCGACAACCAUGAUGACUGAGAGGAUCGUGGGUACCCGUGCGUACAUGGCACCGGAGGCGCUAAGAGGAGAGAUCACACCAAAAUCCGAUGUCUUCAGUUUUGGAGUGAUGGAGAUGAGGUAUGACAUAGAUGAUGAAGAUGAGGAGCUGACUCUGGAGGAUUUUGUGGACAAAAAGAUGAAAGCCUGGGAGCUGAGCCAGGUGGAGAGUAUUUACUCCUUGGCAUGCAACUGCCUCCAUGAGAGGAAAAACAGACGGCCUGUCAUCAGACAGGUUUACGCGGAGAUUCACGGAGUCGUCAAAAACAUUGCACUGGAUCUUGAUAGAAAGGCGUGAAGCAAAGCAUCGUGGGAAUUGUGAGCUUGCUUCAAACUGCAGACUGACAGAAGAAUUACUGCACUGUUUUUUUUAAAGGCAUGUAGCUUACCUGUGUAAUUGCUGUAAAAAUACUGCUGAAUACAUUUCUGUGCGGCCUUUAAACAAAUCUAAUGGCCGAACUCUUUCAGAAUGCUGAUUGGUUGUUCUUCCCAGUGUUAAAUGUAUUUAUUACGAACAAUU